AUGCGCGACACCGUUCCAUCAUAUGCCGAUUUAAUUCACCGGGUAGAAGCUCAAAUCUCGACGGAUGAGGCUAUAAACGCCAAUAGGAAGCAGUUUGAACAAUCUAUUGGAAAGCGCAAGGGAGCGCCGGGAACAAAUAAUUCUUCCUCGCAACGAAAGAAGCAAGGGAAGAACAAUCUACCCGUGAGGCCUCCAUUGCCACGGCGAGAAUCUCGACAAGAGAAAGAAUACACUCCUCUCAAUACAUCUCGAGCAAAUGUGCUAAUGGCUGUUCGAGAUCAGGAUACGGUAAAGUGGCCACAUCCCUUGAAGCCGAACACAGGAAAUCAGGACCAAUAUUGUCAUUUCCAUCGUAGUCGUGUCCACACUACCGAAGCUUGCAGACAACUGAAGGAGGAGAUUGAAAGGCUUAUCCGCCAAGGUUAUCUUCGCCAGUUUAUUCAGAAUCCUCCUCCCCGAGAGGAAACUCGUCCUGCUGGGCGGCAAGAACGACAGCAGAGGCCACCGGUAAACAAUCGAAUAGCAGUUGGAGAAAUUGAGAUAAUAGAUGGAGGCCCCCUGCUAUUCGAUAAAGUAUUUUUGGCUGUGGAAAAAAUUCUAACUCCAAAGAAAGCUCGUGUAGAUCACUCCAUCACCUUUGAUGAUUUCGACUUGGAGGGAGUAAAAACCCCUCACCAAGAUCCGCUUGUUAUCAAUGCAGGCAUAGGCGACCCAUGCUACAAUGUCAAGAGAAUCCAUGUGGACAACGACAGCUCUGUGGAUGUCCUUUUCUACUCUACCUUCCUCAAUAUGGGUCUCACAAGAGAAAAAGCUUCAGCUCGCUGCAGGCCUUCUGUACGGUUCAUUGUUGUAAAGUCUGAAUCGGCUUACAACGCUAUCUUUGGAAGGCCACUCCAAUCAAUUUUUGGGAUUGUCACCUCAAUCCCUCACCUCAAGCUGAAGUUCCACACUCCAACAGGAGUUAGUGUGGUGUGCAGAGAUCAACAAGCAGCACAAACCUGCUAUCUCAGGGAUAUCUUUGCAUGGAGUCCGGCGGAUAUGCCCAGAAUUGACCCUGAAGUAAUUGUACAUUCCCUUAAGGUCAAUCCAGCAAAAAAGCCAAUCAUCCAGAAGAAACAGAAUUUUGCACCAGAUCGUCAGCAGGAGAUCGAACAAGAGGUAGACAAACUUCUGAAAGCUGGAUUCAUACGAGAAGUGCAUCAUCCUAAUUGGAUGGCAAAUGUCGUCUUGGUUCGAAGGGGAGCGGUGCAUGGAGAAUGUGCAUAG